GUCGUGGUGAUAUUUUUUAGUAAGUUACUAACUCACCCGCAUCGCCUGAUAGGGCUUAGUCGACAAAUGGCCUUCUCCACCCCAUUACGCUCCUAUCCGUACUCCGAUAAGGAUAAACCGUUCUCUGACCUUUCCCCAGGUUCAGUCGAAAAGUUUCUGGAGGAUGAAAGCGACUCCACUGGCAAUCUUGUGGAUGACAGUCCCACGCGAGGCGUAGCGGUUCGACGGCAAGCGAAAGAGCUGUCGCGACGGAGCCAAUCAUCGCACGCAUGUGUCUCGACCAGAGACCAGACGGUAGAGGCUUACCUCCGUGAAGGGACGGAAGAAAGUCUGAACCGAAACCCACAGCGAUCGCUCUUAGAGCAUUGCUCCCGAGGAUCGAAGGCACCCGAUGGUUCAAGCCCCAUCUUGCGUCAGACCUCCCCACAGCGACCAGUAUGGAUUCCGGAAAAUGUGCCCAUAAUAGAAAUACCGGAUGAUGAGCCGGAUGAAAAAGGGAUUCCUUCAGUGACCACCCAUCUGGAUGUCCCAGCGUCGACCAGUCAUGCUCAAAACAAUGGACAAAAUCUGAUUUCGGUGUCUGCAGAUAGCAUGGAAACCGACUCAGUCGAUCCGUCAGAUCAUGAAACACAUGAAACAGAGUCGCCAUUCUCUUUACCGAGUCAGCAAGAGACACCAAGGACGGACAUUUCCGAUCAUGGAUUGGAGCAGAGACAAACUGGACCAGAACGUAUCUCAGACUUGUGUAGCACCGAGGAAAUCAUAUUCGCCAUCCGCGAUGUGAUCUGCGGGUGGACUCCACCCCAAGAAAAAGAUUCGAAGAAAGGUUAUGCAUAUAUUUUCUAUGAUCCCUUGGCCCAGAGCCCGUGCUAUAAAAUCGGACACUCAGGGAAUGUGAAAGUGCGCACUCAACAGCAUCAGAAUCAAUGUCGGCUACGGAGGUGGAGCUCCAAAAAAAGCCCUGCAUUGCGAGACUAUAAACUACUCGAGAGACUAGCACACGCCGAACUCAGAAAUUUGCGGUGCAAGCCCAAUUGCUUUUGUGGAGCGGAACACAGGGAGUACUUCUUGGGCAAGGCAGCGCAUGGGCAGGAUAUUCUGGAUUCUUGGUCGCGGUGGCUUAUAGAGAAGGAUCCGUAUAACGACGAUGGGAACCUUAGGUCAUUCUGGGUUGACCGGCUAAAUGUGCUUCUUGAUGGUUAUUCACGCCUUUUUCACUGUACGGACGUUGAAUGUAACAAACACCAUCGCGGUAACAAUGCUUGCCAGGCGUGCCUCCGCGAAGGAUGGCAGAGGUUCACCGAGCCCACUGCCCAAGAUAUAUUCGAGUAUGAUUGUCGAAUAAAAGUGCCUUUUGCCUGGGGUCGCUUGUUGUUACAGACCUGUUAUGGUCGCUUCCCGUGCUAUGAAACGGAGCUUAUCUGGAUGAGUGAUUCUAUAGAAUUUGUGUGUCGUACAUGGGAUUCUGCGUCGAGCGUUCAGCUGAUCUUGGUUGUGUUACUUGGAAAAGGUCUCUACCUCACGGUAUGUUCGUUAUGGAACCACACGCUCGAUAUCUCCAGAUUACUCGAGUUUUACUUGGCAUGUGCUGCCGCUUAUCGGCUGUUUGUCCUACCCACGGUUCGCAUGAAUUCUGUCGAUCAGACCUUGUCACAGGGAGUGAAAAGAACUACAUUGCCCACGAGAAAAUCUGCGCGUGCGAGCUCAAAGUCACCUGGAAUACCCACACCGGCCUCGAGCCAAUCCCAGAGGACAUCUAAAACCACACGGAAGAAGUGGGUUCCCGGGGAGCACCCCAAUACAAAGCUUUUUAAUGAUAUAAGCAGCCCCAAAAAAGAAACCAUGGACGACAUGAAGGAAGUCAUCGGGCGAAGGCUUCCAGAAUCACCCCCAAAUUCGACCUGGAUCACCACCCACCAGGAGAGGAGUAACGCAACCCAAAAGGUGUAACCUCAAUCGAGGCUUCACGUACAUCUGAUGUGUUUUGUGGAAGGACAGACUCAUGCCGAGCUGCAGCUAUCAUGCAUAAUCUGUUUUCUACCACAUGUCAAAUUAACAUAAAGUGUGACAGAGAUGACAAACUACGUGCUAUGGGGAGUGUUGUCAUGUUUUCAUGAAGAAAUUCUGAAUGGGAUAGCUACGGCAUUUUCAGGGUAUAUCUGUGCGAUGUGCGGUCGUCUCUGUAGAGUAGACCAGCGGCUCUUGCCCAUGCCAUCCGCGUGCGGGGGUCCG